AUGGCCGUUUACCCCAAAUGGAAAUUACAUUGUGUCAAGAGUGGUUAUCGCAUUGGUAGAGAAAUCAAUAUACAUCCCACUAGAUGCUCUAAUAUGGAAGACAUUCACAAAUGGUGGAAGAUGAUGUGGAGCAUGCAACUACCUCCUCAGAUGAAGCUUUUUGGGUGGCGGGUUUGUCAUAAUUGGCUGCCAGCAAAAACAAACUUGUCCCAUAGAGGUAUGACUGUUCAUCCUAGCUGUGAUUUAUGUGGUAACCAAGCUGAAACUCUUACUCAUGCACUAUGGUCUUGUGCUAAAGUUAAACCAAUUUGGAAACUUGUCCCUUGGUAUAAAAAAUGUGAACAUAUUAACAAAGGGUCUAUGUUUGAUAUAUUGGUGACUUUAAAGGCACAACUAAACAUGAGUGAGUUUGAAGAUGCCAUUAAAAUUAUGUGGGCCAUUUGGGAGAACCGGAACAGGAAAUGGAACAAUCUACAGGUCAUGAAUGGUGUCCAGUUGAUCGAAUGGGUCUUCUCAGCUUACCCAGGAUCGAGUCCCUUGGUGCAGAAUGACAGUAAGCAUACUCUGGAAUCCCCUCACCUGAAGCAAUGGAACCGGCCUCCUUCUGGACACAUCGUCGUCAACUGUGACGCUGCCAUGCAAAUGGGAGCUGCUGGUGUAGAGGCUUGGGCCAUCUUGGAAGCUCUCAAAAAUCAACCGGACACAGCAGCCAGCCCCAUCGAGAUUCAGUCGGAUUGCAAGCAAAUUGUGGAUGCUGUUAAGAACCAAGACACUCAUUUACGUGCUGUCAACACUAUACUUCACCAAAUCAAGUUGCGAAGGGAGAGUUUAAAUUGUAAUACCAUUGUUCAUGUUCAUAGAAACAAUAAUGAGUGUGCUAAUAUGUUAGCAAGGAAAUGCCUUGCAACUAAAACCACUAAAAAUUUUACUCAUUCUUUUCCUAGGUGGUUAGCUAAUUUUUGUACAGCUGAUCUUCCUAACUUGGUGUAG